AUUAACAAAACCAGCCAACUCCUCUCCUAUGCUACAUAGUACAUACAUAUCAAUAAUAUAACAUCACCUUCAUACUCUCGUCUCUUCAUUCUAAGUUUUCUAUAACUAUCAUCAUAAGUAAUAAUAAUUUAAACUUGUGUUCAAUAUUUGAUAUAUUUUCACCUAGCCAUUUUCAUGUCUACACCAUUAGAACAUGAUUACAUAGGUUUAGCAAAUAAUCCUUCAAUGGACAAAACAUCUUCAUCUCUCAACUUCAAGGAAACUGAGCUCAGACUAGGCUUACCUGGUUGUGAAUCUCCUGAUAGAAAAUCAGUUUCUGCUGCUGGUGCUGGUGGUGGAGUCUCUUUCUUUGCCAACAAAGAUUUGAAGAGCAUUAAUGUUUGUUCUCCUUUGAAGAACCUUGUAGCUAGUGUUGGAGCUAAAAGAGGUUUCUCUGAUGCUAUUGAUGAGUCUUCUAAGAAAUGGAGUUUCUCUAUGAAUGAUGGAUCUGAAGGAGGUAGUUUGUUCUCGCCAAGAGGAGGGAAUGUUGGAAAACCUCUUGCUGGUUUAGAGACUCAAACUAAUAUUCAAAAGAUUAAUACAAAUGCAACAAAAAACAUCAAAGAGGUUCUUCAUCAAUCUGUACAUGAAAAGAAUAAACAGGUUUCUGGAACAAAUGAGCAUGCUAAUGCUCCUGCUGCAAAGGCACAGGUUGUGGGAUGGCCACCAAUUCGAUCGUUUCGAAAGAACACGAUGGCGUCAAAUUUGACAAAGAACAAUGAUGAAGCUGAGGGAAAACCAGAAUUUGACUGUCUCUAUGUAAAAGUGAGUAUGGAUGGUGCUCCUUAUCUCAGAAAGGUUGAUCUCAAGACCUACAACAACUAUAUGGAACUUUCUUCAGCUCUUGAGAAGAUGUUCACCUGCUUUACCAUUGGUCAAUGCAAUUCGCCUGGACUUCCUGGGAAAGAUGGACUAAGUGAGAGCUCUUUGAGGGAUCUUCUUCAUGGAUCUGAGUAUGUUCUUACAUAUGAAGAUAAAGAUGGAGAUUGGAUGCUUGUAGGCGACGUUCCUUGGGGGAUGUUCGCUGACUCGUGUAGGAGACUACGGAUCAUGAAAGGCUCUGAUGCAAUUGGGCUAGCUCCAAGAGCAAUGGAAAAAUCUAGGAGCCAAAACUAGUCCAGAAAAACUCGUUGGACCAAAGAGGAGAAUUCACUGAUAUGCAUAUAUAAAGGUUUACAAGGAAGUUUGAGUUUAUGGUUAUGCCCCAAAUCAAAAAUAUAUGUAACUCAGUUUCUCAGUUUUUGUGAAUUAAUAGUCUGACAAGUUUUUAGUUAGUAGAAUUUAUCUGGAGACAUGUCCAGAGAAUAUAUACACAUAUUUUGUUUGCAUAUCUGUUUUGUGCACCUUUGAAGUUUGUGUCUGUAUAAAAGAAUGGCUUGUUAUGCUUUCAAUAUAUGAUUUUGAACAAUUUAUGUAGUU